GAGAGGAUAUAAGCUGCUCUCACUCACCAACGGCUCAUCUGGCGGGUGUUUAUGUCCUCUUUAACUUGUAUCCUAUACCAUUAAAAUAAUCGUUCGGCCUGUGAGCAUCUUGAUUGCUUCCGGUUUUGUUUGAAAGGAGGAUAACGGAGCUUGGCGGAGCAUCAUUGACGGGAUUCCUGUGCUCGCCCUCGGCCCGUUAGCGGUAUUAUUCAACAAUAUUUGGUUUUGAAUCAAAUUGAAGAGCAAAAGUCAUUUUUUGAUCAUUACAGUCUAGAAGAACCCGGAUGAAGGGAAUGCAAUUAGUUUAUUGUCUCUAAUUAACAACACAGUCUGGUUUAUGAGUAGUUUUUUUCAAAACAGCAUCCCAAUUACAGCUGAGAACCACAAUCUGCACCAAUUAAACAACAGAGCCGCACCCUUGACCUCAAAGAUUAGGACUCCCACAGAAAAAGCCAAGCAGAAGUAGAAGAGCCUCCACCAUGUUCAGCUGGCUGGGAAGCGAUGACCGCAGGAAGAAGGAGCCUGAAGUCUUCCAGACGGUCAGCGAAGGCCUGAAGAAGCUCUACAAGACCAAGCUGCUGCCUCUCGAGGACAGCUACAAGUUCCACGAGUUCCACUCGCCGGCCUUGGAGGAUGCAGACUUUGACAACAAGCCCAUGGUCCUGCUGGUGGGUCAGUACUCCACGGGCAAGACUAGCUUCAUACGCUACCUGUUGGAGCAGGAUUUUCCCGGCAUGCGCAUCGGCCCCGAACCCACCACAGAUUCCUUCAUCGCGGUGAUGCACGGCGACAACGAGGGCGUGGUGCCCGGCAACGCCCUGGUCGUGGACCCAAAGAAACCCUUCAGAAAGCUGAAUGCUUUUGGGAAUGCCUUCCUCAACAGGUUUGUGUGCGCCCAGCUGCCUAACCCUGUGCUGGAGAGCAUCAGUGUGAUUGACACCCCAGGGAUCCUGUCAGGAGAAAAACAGAGAAUCAGCCGAGGCUACGACUUUGCGGCGGUGCUGGAGUGGUUCGCAGAACGGGUGGACAGGAUCAUCCUCCUGUUCGAUGCCCACAAACUGGACAUUUCCGACGAGUUUUCCGAAGUGAUCAAGGCCCUAAAGAACCACGAAGACAAGAUCAGGGUUGUGCUGAACAAGGCGGACCAGAUCGAGACCCAACAGCUGAUGCGAGUGUACGGUGCGCUCAUGUGGUCGCUGGGAAAAAUCGUCAACACACCCGAGGUGAUCCGCGUCUACAUCGGAUCCUUUUGGUCGCAUCCUCUGCUGAUUCCCGACAACAGGAAGCUGUUCGAGGCGGAGGAACAAGAUCUUUUUAAGGACAUUCAGUCGCUGCCCCGUAACGCCGCGCUGAGGAAACUUAACGACCUGAUCAAGCGGGCCAGGUUGGCCAAGGUGCACGCCUACAUCAUCAGCUCCCUGAAGAAAGAGAUGCCGUCCGUGUUCGGCAAGGAAAACAAGAAGAAGGAGCUGAUUGGCAGCCUGGGAGAUAUCUACAAGCGCAUCGAGAGGGAACAUCAGAUAUCACCUGGAGACUUUCCAAACCUCAGGAAGAUGCAGGACCAACUCCAAGCUCAGGACCUCACCAAGUUCCAGCCUCUCAAGUCCAAACUCCUGGAGGCGGUGGAAGACAUGCUGGCCCACGACAUCGCAGGUUUGAUGGUUCUGGUGCGGCAGGAGGAGAACCAGCGGCCCAAUGCAGUCGUCAAGGGCGGCGCCUUCGACGGUACCCUCAACGGCCCCUUCGGCCACGGCUACGGCGAGGGAGCUGGCGAGGGCAUCGAUGAGGCCGAGUGGGUGGUGGCGCGUGACAAGCCGGCCUACGACGAGAUCUUCUACACGCUGUCGCCCGUCAAUGGCAAGGUGACGGGCGCCAACGCCAAGAGGGAGAUGGUCAAGUCCAAGCUGCCCAACACGGUGCUGGGAAAGAUCUGGAAGCUGGCGGACAUCGACAAGGACGGGAUGCUGGACGACGAGGAGUUUGCUUUGGCCAAUCACCUGAUUAAGGUCAAGCUGGAGGGACAUGAACUUCCCACGGAGCUGCCAGCGCACCUGGUGCCUCCUUGUAAGAGGAAAAUACCUGAGUAAAUAUCGCCCCCCUAAAAUACCCAUUAGCAGUUAGCAUUAGCAGUUAGCAUUAGCGCUAAGAAGACCUACUGUAUGAAAACAAAGCCAUGUUUACACCUGGUACAGUUCAGCUCAUACGUUUGGAUUGGGUGGUUUGGAUUGGUGAAAGGAGGAUAGCACGUUAGCAAAGGACAACAAUGGAGAACAUCUAGAACCAGGCUAGCUUUUUUGGUACCCAUCAUCACCAUUGGUACCCCAACUGAAAGGUGCCAAAAAGUGGUUUAGUACCAAGCAGUUAUUUUUAUUGCCUUUACAAAGUUUGUCAAUUAUAUUUACAAAAAUUACCAUACCAAUCUGAACUGAUCUGAACCACUUGGUGGGGCUAAAGAGUACAUAUGUUCCAUUUCAAGUCUGAACUCCAAAACACAAUCGUGAUAGUCCAACGACAAAUCGACGCAAAAGUAUUGUUUGCACACUUUUUUUUAAAGGUCCUCUAUUAUGCAAAAGUGAUGUUUAAAUUAUGGUCGUAAAACAACCUUCUGCAGGCUUCACUACACAUCUUGAAAUAAAUAUCUGCCAACCAUCAGUCACUUAGAGGUGUGGGAACUAUAUGUUUUACCAUUUUAUUUUUCUUCAACAAAUAUGCUAACCUAGCAUGAUGUUAAAGCAUAACGUUAGUAUGUAGCUCACAUAGCAUUGCUAGUGUUGCUAGCUUUUGUGUCCCACUCCUUAAUGGCAUGUUGUUGUACGGGAUUUAAGACAUUUAUCACGUUUAGGGGUGGGUAUCAAAUUUGUUACUUUUUAUAGGUAUCAGUCGGUACUACCAAGAUGCGAUUUACGUAAAAUUGAAUGGUAGAAUGUUUAUAUUUCUUUGUUACAUGUGACAUGACGUUGGCGAGCAAACAGCCCUAUUUGUAGCGUAAUGUUGCAAAUUUCCAUGCCAACAGAGCAAGAAGAAGGGACUCGAAAGUAUAGUAAGGUUUCACUUUUGAUUAAGCGUUAGCUGAACACUAAUAUACAUUGGAUUUGCCAUGUACAUGCUACCGAUUAGCAUUAGUGAUUUUACAUGGCGAUUUCAACUCCUUCAAAUUUCGUAAUGAGAACUACAACUAACAUGCACGUCACAAUCAAACAGCUGGUGUGUAAUAAGUGCAAUACUUACAGUAUAAACACUAUCAACAUUGUAAAACCCAACAAAAACAAGGCAGGCACAUUCAACUUAAUGGCAAAGACUACUUCCUGACUACAGUAACACACUUGACUAUUGUUGUACGUUUGCAGUCUUACUUUAAAUAUUAUGGGACCUUUAAAAGAAAUGUGUGUGUAUAAGAAAGUGUGCUUUAUUGAACUAGUCUGCAGUUAUCUACUAACAAGAAACACUGGAAAUAGCAAAUUGCAAGCAGGAGAUAACAACAUGCAACAAUGUGAAGAAUGUUUUGAUGAUGGGGAAAAUAUUUUGGGGGGAGGGGGUUUAAAUAGUUUUAUUCUCAUAAAAAGCGGAUUAUUUUUGGUGUCCUGACACCACUCAAGCACACUUGCCUUUUUUUUUCAUGGUCAAUACUGACUUCCUGCUUGUUCGCUUUGGGAGAAAAAGACAUUUAAGAGGGGACAAAAAGUUAGUGAGCAGAAGCGUUAAACAAGAACGGCCUCAAAAGUGUUCUGAAUGUCCACUGAAGUCCUGCUUAUUAAUUUGAGUAACAAACACAUUUAAGAGGGGAGAGAGGGGUAAUUAAGCACAUGUGUGGAAGAAAAAGAGCCUCAAACGUGUUCAAAAUGUUCAAUGACUUCAUGCUUGUUAGUUUGAGAAAAGAAACAUUUAGGAGGGGACUGAGGGGAUAGUCAGUGGGAAAAGAAGCGCUUUAAAAGUGUUGCAAAUGUUCAGCAAGAAUGGUAAAAGGUAAGGGAAAUGUCUCAAAUGUUGUGUCAAUGAAUAAACAUGUUUAUGAGAUACUGUGACCAUCAUUAAGUAUAAAUGUAUGAAAAUGUGCACUCAUCCUAUCUUUGAUGCAUUGUGCUAAUCAUUUUUUGGCUAACUUCUGUUUGUUUUCAAUACCAUUUAUGGAUUAUUAAGACUAACAGACUGAUUAUUAUACAGUACUAAUCAAUUGCAUUACUGUCCUAAUAUGCCAGUAUACACACAUUUAAGAAUGCAAAACUAAUAUUUAGCGUGCUAAUACAUAUAUGACUGAAACAAUAUCAUGCUGUUAAGACAAUUGACUGCUACUAAAACAAUAAACUUUAAUCUUUUCCAUGCAACACUGAUGUAAUGCACUCAACAGUAUGUGUGCGUCUCCUUUAAUGUGAAUGUAAAGUGUGCUCGUGUGUGCGCCCUGAGGUCCAUGUUGUGUUGUGGGUUUUACGGUUUCGUCGCAUCAGCACAAUAAACUGCAUCAUGAACAGGACCAACGUCUAAAAGUUUUAAUUGUCUUUUUUUU